AUGACUGUUGGUGAUAAAUCCAAGUGGAUGGCUAAGAACGUCCGUCAAACUUUCUUUGACUAUUUCAAGAGCAAGGGCCAUACAUAUGUUCCUUCUUCUUCAGUUGUGCCUUUUGAUGACCCAACUUUAUUGUUCACAAAUGCCGGUAUGAAUCAAUACAAGCCUAUUUUUUUAGGGACCGUUGACCCAUCUUCUGAUUUUGCUACUUUAAAGAGGGCUUACAAUUCUCAAAAAUGUAUCAGAGCUGGUGGUAAACAUAAUGAUUUGGAAGAUGUCGGCAGAGACUCUUACCAUCAUACUUUCUUCGAAAUGUUGGGUAACUGGUCUUUCGGUGAUUACUUUAAAAAAGAAGCUAUUGCCUACGCUUGGGAAUUAUUGACUGUCGUUUAUGGUCUUCCAGCUGAUCGUUUAUACGUCACUUAUUUCGAAGGUGAUGCUCAGCAAGGUUUGGAACCUGAUUUAGAAGCUAAAGACUUAUGGUUAGCUGUCGGUGUUUCUGAAGACCAUAUUAUUCCAGGUAAUUCACAUGAUAACUUUUGGGAAAUGGGUGAACAAGGUCCAUGCGGUCCAUGUUCUGAGAUGCAUUAUGACAGAAUUGGUGGCAGAAAUGCUGCCCAUUUAGUUAACAUGGAUGACCCAGAUGUUUUAGAAAUCUGGAAUUUAGUUUUUAUGCAAUACAACAGAGAACAAGACCGUUCUUUGAAAUCUUUACCAGCUAAACAUAUCGAUACUGGUAUGGGUUUCGAAAGAUUAGUAUCUAUCUUGCAAGACGUCAGAUCUAACUACGACACUGAUGUUUUCCAACCAUUAUUCGUUAAAAUCCAAGAAAUUACCGGAGUUAGACCAUACUCUGGUAAGUUUGGUGCUGAGGAUGUCGACGGUAUCGACACUGCUUACAGAGUCUUGGCUGAUCAUGUUCGUACUUUAACUUUCGCUAUCACUGAUGGUGGUAUACCAAACAAUGAAGGUAGAGGUUACGUCUUAAGACGUAUUCUAAGAAGAGGUGCUCGUUACGCUCGUAAAUACAUGAACUACCCAAUCGGUAACUUCUUCUCCACUUUAGCUCCAACUUUAAUCGAACAAGUUAAAGAAAUUUUUCCUCAAGUUACAAAGGACCCUGCUUUCUUAUUCGAAAUCUUAGAUGAAGAAGAAGCUUCAUUUGCUAAGACUUUAGACCGUGGUGAAAAAUUAUUUGAGAAAUACGCUGAAGCUGCUGCCAAGAGUCAAACCAAAAUUUUAGAUGGUCUACAAGUCUGGAGAUUAUUCGAUACUUACGGUUUCCCUGUUGAUUUGACUGAAUUAAUGGCCGAAGAACAAGGUUUGAAAAUUGACGAAGAAGGUUUUGAAAAGGCUAAACAAGAAUCUUAUGAAGCCUCAAAGAGAGGUGGUAAGAAAGAUAAUUUUGAUAUGCUAAAAUUAAAUGUUCAUGAAUUAUCACAAUUAAAUGAACUAAAAGUACCAAAAACUGAUGAUAGUGCCAAAUAUAUUUCCACAGAUGCCGAAAGUGUUAUCCUAAGCUUAUAUGAUGGUGAAACGUUUGUUGACAGUAUUUCCGAAGCUGGUAAGAAGUAUGGUGUUAUCUUAGAUAAGACUUCUUUUUACGCCGAACAAGGUGGUCAAGAAUACGAUACUGGUAAGAUUAUCAUUGAUGGUGAAGCUGAAUUCCAAGUUGACAAUGUGCAAUUAUACAACGGUUAUGUCUUCCACACUGGUACUUUAAUCGAAGGUACAUUAAACAAGGGCGACAAAACUAUCUCUUCACAUGAUGAAGAACGUCGUCUACCAAUCAAGAAUAACCACACUGGUACACACAUAUUAAAUUUAGCUUUGAGACAAACUUUAGGCAACGAUGUUGACCAAAAGGGUUCUUUAGUUGCUCCAGAAAAGUUAAGGUUUGAUUUCUCACACAAGAAGGCUCUAAGCUUGGAUGAAUUACGUAAGGUUGAAGAAAUUGCCAAUGAUCAAAUCAAAAAAAACUUACCAGUUUAUUACAAAGAUGUUCCAUUAGAGUUAGCCAAGGGAAUUUCUUCUGUUCGUGCUGUCUUUGGUGAAACGUACCCAGAUCCUGUUCGUGUUGUUUCUGUUGGUAAGACUGUCGAGGACUUGUUAGCUGACCCAACUAAUGAAGAAUGGAAUAAAUAUUCUGUUGAAUUCUGUGGUGGUACCCAUGUCCCCAAAACUGGUGACAUUAAGUUCUUUGUUAUUCUUGAAGAAAGUGGUAUUGCUAAAGGUAUUAGAAGAAUUGUUGCUGUUUCCGGUGCUGAAGCUUUCGAAGUUCAAAGAAUUGCUAAUGAAUUUGAUGAAGAGUUGAACAAAACUGAACAAUUGCCGUUCUCUCAAGCUAAAGAAAAGAAGUUAAAAGAGCUUGGCGUUCAAUUAAACCAAUUAUCCAUCUCAGUUAUUAGAAAAAACGAAUUAAAGGAAAAAUUCACUAAAAUUGAAAAAGUUGUAAAGGAUGAAGUUAAAGCCAGAGCUAAAGUUGAAACCAAACAAGUUGUUGAUGCAGUCAAGGAACAUUUUGAAAACAACAAAGACUCUCUAUACUUUGCCCAAUUCAUCGACAUUCCAGCCAAUGCUAAAGCCAUCACUGAAGCUAUCAACCAUAUCAAGAGUAAAUCUAAGGAUAAAUCUAUCUAUUUGUUAACUGGUAAUGAUCCAGAAGGUAGAGUUGCCCACGGUUGUUACAUUUCAGACGAAUCCUUAGCCAGUGGUCUCGAUGGUGCUGCUUUAGCUAAACAAGUUUCCCAAUUAAUCGGUGGUAAAGCUGGUGGUAAAGGCAACGUAUUUCAAGGUAUGGGUGAUAAGCCGGAAGCCAUUGAAGAGGCCGUCAAAACUAUCGAAAUUGCUUUCAAUGAAAAAUUAUCUAUUUAA